GCCUCGCCAGCCCCGCCAGCCCCGCGGCCCCGGCCGGAGGAGACAGAUCCUCUAGCCGCUCGAUGGGGAGUCACAGAAGACCGCCUGUGUGUGUCAGAUCCCCACCUCUCUGUAGCAAGAGAAGUAACUACAGCGCCUUCACAGUCAUGAUGAUGAAACUGGUAUUAACUGAGUGGCCCUUAUGGAUUUUUAACUCUAACUCACAGUGAGCCAGCAAGCCAUAUGUUUACAGUACAACCAAAAACCCUUCGUGUUGCUGCACUUCCCGUGUGAGAGGUUGAGACGCCUGUUGGUACAGAGUGGAAUACAAGAGUUACUUGCCGUGGAACGCACCUGCAGCAGACAGAGCGAGAAGACGUCUUAAUUUAUCAUUGGAGAGAGAUGAUAGUAUUAUUUAUAUAGGUAGAAUAAAUAAAUAUAUAUAUAAAUAUAUAUAUUUUGGUGGUAAUGAAAAUGGCUCCGCAGAAUGCCGACUCGGAAUCUAUGCAAGUACAAGAGCUGCCUGUGCCCCUGCCAGACCCUCAGAAACCCAGAGACCCAGAGGCGGAGACCCAAGAGGAGACCACAAGCGAGGGGUCCAUAGACAGAAUCCCCACACGCCUAUGGGUCAUGCAUGGGGCAGUGAUGUUUGGCAGGGAAUUUUGUUACGCGAUGGAGACAGCACUGGUUACACCUAUACUGUUACAGAUAGGCCUCCCUGAGAAGUACUACAGCCUCACCUGGUUCCUGAGCCCUGUCCUCGGCCUCAUCUUCACACCGCUUAUUGGCUCUGCAAGUGACCGCUGCACCCUGAGCUGGGGCCGCCGGCGGCCCUUCAUCCUUGCGCUAUGUGUGGGGGUCCUCAUUGGCGUUGCACUUUUCCUCAACGGCUCCGCUAUAGGUCUGGCGCUCGGCGAUGUUCCCAGCCAGCAGCCCAUUGGCAUUGUCCUCACGGUGCUGGGAGUGGUGGUCCUGGAUUUCAGUGCCGAUGCAACUGAAGGGCCCAUUCGUGCCUACCUGCUGGAUGUGGUAGACAGUGAGGAACAAGACAUGGCCCUCAACAUACACGCCUUCUCUGCUGGCCUUGGUGGGGCCAUUGGCUACGUGCUGGGUGGGCUGGACUGGACGCAGACCUUCCUAGGUGACUGGUUCCAGACACAGAACCAGGUGUUGUUCUUCUUUGCUGCCGUUAUCUUCUCGGUGUCGGUGGCUCUGCAUCUCUUCAGCAUUGAGGAGGAGCAAUAUAGCCCACAGCAGGACCGCGGGCCUGAGGAUCCCACCCUGCCCGGCACCAGUGUUCAGCCUGGCGCCCCAGCCCCUGCUUCCCGCCUCAGCUCCCUUGGUGGGGGCAUGCAGGACGGCAGCCCCCCAUUCCCAGAUGAGGUGCAGUCAGAGCACGAGCUGUCCUUGGACUACCUCGAUGUGGACAUCGUGCGCAGCAAGAGUGACUCGGUGCUGCACAUGGCUGACGCCACACUGGACAUGGAACCUCAGCUGCUCUUCCUGCAUGACAUCGAGCCCUCCAUCUUCCAAGACGCUUCCUACCCCAGCACCCCCCAGAGCACCAGCCAAGAGCUCCUGAGGGCCAAGUUGCCCCGUCUGUCCACGUUCCUCAGGGAGUCCACCAAGGAGGACGACACCUUGCUUGAUAAUCACUUGAAUGAAGCUAAAGUCCCAAAUGGGAGAGGCUCCCCGCCAAUCAACUCCCUCAUCCGCUCCAAGGUAGACUUGAAGCCCUCAGUCACGUCUGGUUCCAUGAGGCGGCGUAGGCACAUGUUUCACAGGCAGGCUUCUAGCACCUUCUCCUACUACGGCAAGAUUGGGUCCCACUGCUACCGCUACCGCCGGGCCAACGCAGUGGUCCUCAUCAAGCCGUCCCGAAGCAUGAGCGACCUGUAUGACCUGCAGCAGCGACAGCGCUCCCGGCACCGCAACCAGAGUGGGGCCACUGCCUCCAGCGGGGACACAGAGAGUGAGGAGGGUGAGACAGAGACCACCGUGCGCUUGCUGUGGCUGUCCAUGCUGAAGAUGCCCAAGGAGCUGAUGUGGCUCUGCCUCUGCCACCUACUCACUUGGUUCUCCGUCAUCGCAGAGGCUGUCUUCUAUACUGACUUCAUGGGCCAGGUUAUCUUCAAAGGGAACCCGCAGGCUCCCUCCAACUCCACCAAGUGGCAUGCCUACAACGCUGGCGUAAAGAUGGGCUGCUGGGGCCUGGUCAUCUACGCUGCUACUGGUGCUAUCUGCUCAGCCCUGCUACAGAAGUACCUGGACAACUAUGACCUGAGCAUCAGGAUCAUCUACAUGUUGGGGACCCUGGGCUUCUCCGUGGGCACCGCUGUGAUGGCCAUGUUUCCCAACGUCUACGUGGCCAUGGUCACCAUCAGCACCAUGGGCGUUGUCUCCAUGAGCAUCUCCUACUGCCCCUAUGCCCUCCUCGGGCACUACCAUGACAUCAAGGAGUAUGUCCACCACAGUCCGGGGAAUUCCAAGCGUGGAUUUGGCAUUGACUGCGCCAUCCUCUCCUGUCAGGUCUACAUCUCCCAGAUCCUGGUUGCAUCUGCCCUUGGGGGCGUGGUCGACGCUGUGAAUAGUAUCGUUGUCAUCCCCAUAGUGGCUUCUGUGGGCUCUUUCCUGGGCUUCCUGACAGCCACAUUCCUGGUCAUCUACCCUGAGGUGUCAGAAGAACCUAAGGAGGAACAGAAAGGCCUAUCCUCAGGGUCCGCUGGCGAAGGCGAGGGUGGGGCGGGCAGUGAGAAGCCCACUGUACUGAAGCUGUCUCGGAAAGGGGGCCUUCGGGGGCUGGUGGAGACUGAGUCCAUGGUGUGAGCCCCCGCUGGUACAUUCCACACUGGAGGGCAGGGCGCACUGGGGGUCAUGCUUGCCCAUACCGUGCGAGCUGGAAUUCCUUCCCAGAGCACAGUCCAAGUUCAGUAGGUGUUAGGUGUAGGGUAGGUUUGAGCUAUUAGACAAAAUAUCACACUAAUUACCUUUCCCACGAUUAAAAAAAAUCAUUUGAAAUCUUUUUUUAUUGAAAAAGAACUUAAUUUCAGCUGUCUUUUAUUCUGCAGGUAUAUCAUUCUGCAUGUUUUAAAUUGUGAAAUAUUCACAGCAUAGUCAAUAAGCAAUUUAGAAAACGUAAGGGUCUGCAUUUCUAAACCAGUAAUUGGAAGUGCAGAAACUGACUCCCUUGGCAGAUGUCAUCUGAAGGCGGCAGACAGCAGCGCAGUACCCAGACUGCCCAGCAGGUGUCUGUCGGAGACGCCUUCAGCAUCAGUCUGGUAUUGCAGCGCCUCAGAGUAUUUUUCUGUUUAUUUUAGAAACAGUAUUUUCUUUUUCACAACUGUGGUUUUCUUAGAAGAACAGCAUCUCUGGCGAGUUAGGCUCGCAAUCCUGUGCACAGCUGAGACCACACACCAAAGCUGGGGAAAGGUCCCAGAGGUGUUUGAGCAGAAGGCAGCCAUUCCCCAGGGCAGCCUCCAGACAUCCCACCUAGGGACAGCACCAAUCAGCAGGGCUGAAUGUGAACUCUGAGUGUGCCUCCUGCGUGCUUGUGUGUAAGUUUGUCUGUCCAGUCCCUACCCUCGUGGUCCUCCCCAGAAGCCACCACAGGGCAGCUGUUGGCUCCGUGGGACACUUAAGCUUGUCUCUACAUGUUUGGCUGGAAAUCAGGCACAGAGCUCCAGGUGAGCAUCCGCUCCCAAGCCCUGCUGCACGGCUACCUCGCGAGUGGGAGACAGUGGCAUGGGAGCAGGGCACGGGAAGGUGCCGAGGCCUACCUCCUACCACAUUGCUGACAUUGAUCCUCGCUGGAACCUAACUGAAGUCUUGCGAGCUCAUCACCUGCUCCUGCUGACGGUCACUGGAGUGGGGUGGAGGCAAAGAACAGCAAGCAUCUGCCUGAGCAGGUGGGCUGCUGACCCAAGAUCCCGUGCAGUGUCAGGUUUCUGCACAUGAGCAGAACUUGGGCUUCAGGGAAGCAGGCUCAGCAAGUGCAGCUGUGGGUAAAGACUUUGCGACGACGUCUCUGUUUAACAACUCCGGUCUCUCGGUUCAUGAAACAGUCGGUCUGCACUCAGGAGAGGGGAGGUCCUCCCUGGAUGGUACCCAGAUGACGUCAGAGCCGUGCUCUUGUUGCCUCGGUUGGUGUUUUUACAUAAAGUACUUUAAAGUGCAUGAGAAUCAUGCUGCAAUAUGAGCAUUCUAAAGCAAAUAUAUAUGCAUAUAUAUUUCAAGAUGAAAGUAAGCAGUUUUUAAAUAAAUUACUUGAAUUUUCUGUGUCUUCAAAGGAACGCUGUGUUUGUCCUUGGCUGGGCUCUCUUGCCACGUUCCCCACACAGGUGGCAGUUUGUCAUCUUUAGUGUUUUAUAUCUGGGAAGCAGAGGCGAGCUCAGGAUACAAGGGUACCUUCCCCCUGCCUGCGUCUUCCCUCCAGCCUAUGCCUGCAGAGGACUGUCUCCACCUUCCAGUGUUUUCCGUGUUGCCUGUUGAGAAUGGAAUUGCAGGUCUCCCUGCUUUUCCACGUUAUUAUAGGAGGACGCAGGAGGCAGGGAUGCAGAGGACACUUAAGUGGGCAAAACCUGGAACCAUCGAAAUAAGUGUGAGGUCUUAGGACACACUGCUCACAGCACCCCACCCAAAGGCUUCUGCAGACCUUCCUCACUGAAGCUGAAUGACAGGGGUGUUGGGGUCUAGCGGAGACCACACCCACAGUAGCAGGAGAUAAUAGGAUCGUCACAAACAGUGGUCCAGACCUUAAGAUGCCAUGGCUUCCAGUCACCAUAAUGUGAAGUACCACAAGGACUCUGUGUUUAUGGCACAGGUCUUGGCAAAGCCACCGGUAAAAUGCUGACACCCAGUAAGAACAGUCAGCCAGAGGCAUGCCUGUUUGUUGCUGUCACAUCAGGCUGCACAUCUGGUACUUUUAAAGACCUGAGCCUGUUAGAUGUUUGCACCCAAAGGCCACUGUCUGUGGGUCUAGCCAGUGUGAGGGCCCUUGGGAUGAGACCCAAGGGUGCUUAUAGAGUUGAUUUCUGGGCUUCUUUGCAGAUAAAUAUAGCGAGCUAUGGACCUCAAGGUGGAUGUUGUCUCAUCCAGGGUACACAAGAAGACAGGUCCUUUUGCCUAGCACUUCCCUCACUGAGAUGCCACCAGUGGGCAACUAUCAGGGCCACUGCCAGUGUGUUAAGGAAGCCAAGGGAGGAGGUCUGGCUUUGUAGUGGGUGAUGCCAAAGCUUGUAUUGCUCAGGCCAGGCCAGGUAUUUCUGUUUCCUGACCUGGACUUGCAGACCCAGCACUCAUGGGCACUGGGAUCCCAGAGUAGAGCGUACCUGAAUAGCUCUAACACUGCCUAUGAUCUUGAGAGGAAAGGUGGUUCGGUUCCCUGAACCCAGGGGACUGGAAGGGUCAGUCAAGCAGAUGCCCAUUUGUGGCCAGUGCCGAGGAUGCAAACAGAGUUAGCUUGGGAUUUAGACGCUGUGAAAAGCACCGUGUGGUAGGGGAUUAGGAGGAAUUCCCCUGGUCCCAGGCCAUAGAAUUGUACACAGAUUACUAAUGGAAGGGAGCCCACUUCUCUUGCCCAUGAAAGUCAGCAGGUUUUUUUUAAGAGAGAACCUUUUAGCCCAAGUUUGCCUGCAAGAGAGUACAAGCUGUUAAGUGGUCCACAGCCUGGGGGCAGAAUGGCUUGGUAGCAUCUAGAAAGCUGGCUAUGGGACAUUGUCCCUUCUUAGCCUAAGGUCUCAGAUGGAAUAUUCACACCGACAGGUGCACAGCCCUCAGACUCCCACCCUUGAGAUCCUCAGGCCCUGUGAGGGAUGGUUUGGGCAAAGUUGGGAGUGACAGAACAGGAUAUGGUUGGUAGCCUCCUGGAAUGGUCAAGAUGUCAUAUAAGGUACGGUGUGACCCCCUCCAUCAGCAGCCUGGCUGGCUUAUCUCCCUGGUGCCACUGGCUUCUGCAACCCAUGGAGUUAAUGGCUCCCUUUGUCUGUGGCCAGUGGUCUGCAGAAGCAGCAACCAUGGAUACGUGUGCUACAGGUCAGUUUCCUAAAACAUGUACUGAAACGGGACACUCAUCAACCUCACAUGCACCAAACGCCAUGGCCCCCGAGCUGUUCCGCUUCCACCUGGGCCUCUGCCUUCAGCCACCAACCAACACACCUGGAUUGUGCAGGUGAAGCCACCGGUGGGUCCUCCUCCAAUGGCUGUUACCAGACAUGGGCUCACCCCUCUGCCUGUGAGCUUUCGAGAAUGCCUGGGGGACAGUCCGGCACGGCAGCCAUGCUGUCGGCUGGACUGACUCUUAAACGGGGCAGGCAGGGGGCGUGCACGGCCAUAGCUCAUCACCACUUCAUGAAAAGCCAGCGUCAUGGUGGGAAGCCUGAGAUGGCCCCUCUGACAGCAACCCUUGGGCCUCCAGGAGCACAGAGCAACCUGGGAGCCCCAGCUGCCUCCCCUGCUGCCUGCUGAAGGUCCUGUGCUGGGACCCAGUAGCAGGAAGAAGUGUUGUUAGAAAGGCGUCAGCACAAUGGCGCUCCCCAGGCACCUCGGAACAAAAACGAUUUAGUUCCUUUGUGAACUGGAAACAGAACAACUGUUAUCAACUUAUUAAGUUGGAGCACUGUAAUAGCUCUUGCUGAUUUUUAGCAACGGUUAAGUGUGUGUUAAACACAUGUUACGAUCGAUGGGGAAACAGAUUCUAGAGAGAGUACUAUCACACAUGACUUUGUGUUUUAUUAGGUGGAUAUUGACACCUGCUGCUGUCCAGAGCCCCUCCAGGGCUUUGUCCUUUUUUUGUCACCUGCUGGGCUGCUGGUCCCUGUACAUCGCUCAGUGUGUAUGGCCUGACUCCGUCCUGCCAGGCUAGUGUCUCCCUGCCGCUAUUGUGUU